AAGGGCAGGGACGUCGUGCGUGGUGCGCGCUGCGCGACGCGAGUUGGUCAGUUUCGCGAUAGACCGUCGCGAAAAAGGGCCGUCGAACCACCGCCGGGGGGGUGGACCUGUCGCCGUUGCUCGCGGUCGCGCGUAACCCGCUCGGGAGCAGCCGCGGACGACCCGGAGCCCCAGGACUCCGGCGCCGAGCCCCGCUGGUCGCCGCGGUGCCGCCGUCGUCGUCGCUCCGCGCGCCCAACCAAUCGUUCGGGCGCUACGAUUCGCCGUUUGCAAAAAAAAAAAACGAAAGGAAGGAAGCGUGCGCGCGGGCCGAGUUUAGCCGACGGAAGGGCUCGCCGGAGAGAGAGAGGUAAACACCGACAACCCCGUUUACUGGCGCCUCCGCCGCCCGUCGUUCUUCCCGUCCCGUCUCGUUUCAGUUCUCCCGCGUUCUCGCCGUCGCUAAAGCGUGUGCGUGUGUUGUCGCCGCGUCGAACGCCGUCGCGAUCGCGUCGCCGCGCCGCGCGCGAUCGCCGCCCGUCAAGAUUCUCUCCGCGUGCGACGAUUGAGAUCGAUCAGCAGGUUGGUGAGGCGUGCUGCCGUCGCCGUCGCAGCCGCCGCCGCCGCCGCCGCCGUCGUCGUCGCCGUCGUCGACGCCGU